AUGAUUGUUAGAGAUAGUAGAAAUAAGUUAUAUAAUUAUUAUUUAUUAUAUUAUAUAUUAAUAUUAUUAAAAAGUAUUUUUAUUAUAUUAAUUUUUAGAAUUAAGUUUAAUUUUAUUUAUUUUUUAAAAAAUUAUUUUAUUUUGAUAAUAUAUUUAAAAUUGUAUUAUAUUAUUUAUGAAUUUAAUAGUUUUGUUUAUAAAAAUAAUUAUAAUUUUAAUUAUAUAUUUUUUUAUAUUUAUAAAUAUAAUAAAAUAAAUUUUAAAAAUAAAAAUAAUAUAUGUAAUAAAAUUAAUAUUAUAGAAAAAAUUAUUGAAAUUAAAAAAAUUUCUUAUACUAUAAAAAAAGGAAGAAUUAAGAGAUAUAAAAUUUUAACAUUAAUAGGUAAUAAACAAGGUUGGAUAGGUAUAGGUAUAGGAAAAAAUAGUAACAUAAAUAAAGCUAUUAUAUUAUCAAAAAUUAAUGCAUUAAAUAAUAUUUAUUAUUUUAAAUAUUCAAUAUUAAAUGUAUAUAAAUUAAAAUAUAUUUAUAUUAAUAGUUCAAAAUUUUUUGUAAAAUUGCAGUUUAAAAUUUAUAGUUAUAUUAAUGUAAGAUUUUUAUUAUUAAAAUAUUUAUUAGAAUGUUUGGGAUAUUUAAAUUGUAAAAUUAUUAUAUAUCAUAAUAUUAUACAUAAUAAGUAUAAUUUAUUAAAUAAAAUAUUGUUAAUGUUAUUUAAUAUAUUUUAA